AUGGCGGAAACCAAAAAGAAAAACGAUGAUAUGGCGACGGUGGAGUUCGAGUCUUCUGAAGAAGUAUCGAUUGUUCCAACGUUCGAUAAAAUGGGUCUGAGAGAAGAUCUUCUCCGUGGAAUCUACGCUUAUGGAUUCGAAAAACCCUCAGCCAUUCAGCAACGUGCAAUUCCAGCGAUUCUUAAAGCUCGUGAUGUCAUUGCACAAGCUCAAUCUGGUACAGGAAAAACGGCAACAUUUUCAAUCUCUGUGCUUCAAACAUUGGAUACACAAGUCCGUGAAACUCAAGCUUUGAUCCUCUCGCCUACAAGAGAAUUGGCUGUUCAAAUUCAAAAGGUUGUCUUGGCACUCGGUGAUUACAUGAAUGUCCAAUGUCACGCUUGUAUUGGAGGAACGAAUCUCGGAGAAGACAUUCGCAAAUUGGAUUACGGACAGCAUGUUGUCUCUGGUACGCCAGGACGUGUAUUCGAUAUGAUCCGUCGUCGUAAUCUCCGUACUCGUGCUAUAAAACUUCUUGUUCUUGACGAAGCCGAUGAAAUGUUGAAUAAGGGAUUCAAGGAGCAAUUGUACGAUAUCUACCGUUACUUGCCUCCAGGCGCACAAGUCGUUCUGCUGUCUGCCACACUGCCACACGAAAUCUUGGAAAUGACAAGUAAAUUCAUGACAGAUCCAAUCAGAAUUCUAGUCAAACGUGAUGAGUUGACUCUCGAAGGAAUCAAACAAUUCUUCGUUGCUGUUGAUAAAGAGGAAUGGAAAUUCGAUACUCUCAUCGAUCUCUAUGAUACUCUUACCAUCACUCAAGCCGUUCUUUUCUGUAAUACACGUAGAAAGGUCGACUGGUUGACAGACAAGAUGAAGGAAGCUAAUUUCACCGUAUCGUCAAUGCAUGGAGAUAUGGAACAGAAGGAUCGUGAUGAGGUUAUGAAGGAGUUCAGAGCUGGAACAACUCGUGUACUCAUCUCAACUGAUGUUUGGGCAAGAGGAUUGGAUGUUCCACAAGUGUCCUUGGUAAUCAACUACGAUUUGCCAAACAAUCGUGAGUUGUACAUUCACCGUAUUGGACGUUCGGGACGUUUCGGACGCAAGGGAGUUGCCAUCAACUUUGUCAAGCAAGAUGAUGUCAGAAUCCUCAGAGACAUCGAACAGUACUACUCGACUCAAAUCGAUGAAAUGCCAAUGAACAUCGCCGAUAUUAUCUAA